GAUAAGUAAGGUGGGACUAGCUGCCGCCCUGCAAUUUUCUAACACCCCUUCCCAAGCUCCUAUCACUAUAAGUAUAUGUCCUAUGUUUUCAUUUUGCUGAGCACCAAUCCUUAGCCAAAAACUUCAGCCAAAGUUACAUUACUAAUACUUCAAGUUCAUCAAUGGCUGCUUUAAUGAACUUCAUUAAGGCAAGAAAAUCAUCCAUGCUGCAGUACAGCUGCAAAUUCUUCACAACCCAACCUCUGCCUGGUUCUGCUUCUCCCUCUUUUGCUCAAAGAAUCAGAGAUCUGCCCAGAAACACCCCCGGCACUAACGUCAAGCCUGAAGUUUCUCAGCUUAUUGGGAAAACACCUCUUGUCUAUCUUAACAAAGUCACUGAAGGGUGUGGUGCUUAUGUGGCUGCUAAACAAGAGAUGAUGCAACCUACUGCUAGCAUCAAAGACAGGCCAGCACUGGCAAUGAUCUUGGAUGCAGAAAAGAAAGGCUUAAUCUCGCCUGAACAGACAACUUUGAUUGAGCCUACGUCUGGGAAUAUGGGGAUCAGUAUGGCGUUUAUGGCUGCAGUGAAAGGGUACAAAAUGGUUUUGACAAUGCCCUCUUAUACAAGCAUCGAGAGAAGGGUGACAAUGAGGGUGUUUGGAGCUGAUUUAGUCCUCACUGACCCGACAAAGGGAAUGGGAGGAACUGUCAAGAAAGCUUAUGCGCUGUUGGAAUCAACGCCAAAUGCUGUUAUGCUUCAACAGUUCUCUAAUCCCGUCAAUACCCAAAUACAUUAUGAGACAACCGGUCCUGAAAUAUGGGAAGACACUCAAGGAAAUGUCGACAUUUUUGUUAUGGGAAUAGGAAGUGGUGGCACUGUGUCUGGUGUUGGACAGUAUCUGAAAUCCCAAAACCCCAAUGUUAAGAUAUAUGGAAUUGAACCCACUGAAAGCAACAUACUGAAUGGUGGCAAACCAGGUCCCCAUCACAUAACUGGAAACGGGGUUGGAUUCAAGCCAGACAUCCUCGACAUGGAUGUAAUGGAAGAAGUUCUGAUGGUUUCCAGUGAAGAAGCUGUGAACAUGGCCAGAGAACUGGCACUAAAGGAAGGGCUCAUGGUUGGGAUAUCAUCGGGAGCUAAUACAGUAGCAGCACUUAGACUCGCUAGCAAGCCAGAAAAUAAAGGAAAACUCAUCGUGACUGUGCACCCGAGUUUUGGAGAGCGUUAUCUGUCAUCUGUGCUGUAUCAAGAGCUGAGAGCUGAGGCCGAGGCCAUGCAACCAGUUCCGGUUGACUAGUGAUUGUAAACUGUAUCAUCAUAAAAAAAUGUACUGAACUUAUGUGAAUCUUUGUUAAACUGUUUGGAUUUCUCAUGUUACUUGCAUAUCUCCA